AUGUCUGAAUUUGAAAACAUGGAAAUAAAAAUCCAUACUGAGGGAACUAUUAAUUUAGUAAUGGUUGGUCCUUGGGGGGUUGGUAAAUCAACUUUUUCUAAUACUUUGUUCAAAACUAAAGAUUUCACUGAAAACCCUAUAAAGUAUGGUGCAAAUAAUACAAGUAAUGAAAUGGAGAGAAAUUACUUAAUAAAAUUGAGACAAAAAGAACAAAUUGGAUUAAAUGACGACGAGACGAAAAUAUACAAAAAACUAAAGCCAAAAUUACUAAGAGCUGAUGAAGUGAAAACCUAUAAAAAACUGAAAGAAAACUUAGAAAAUUCAAGUAUUUAUGAUUGCAAUAUAAUCAUUGUCGCUACUCGUUUUGUUAAUUUCAGCAAUAUUAAAAGCAAAUCUGGACGUUACGAUGAAAUAUUGAAGGAUAGUUUCAGUUGCGAAAGGCUCUAUGUCAAUAACCCACCUGUUGAUAACUUACCGCCUCAUUUAACUGAAGCUAAUGAAACGAUAAGGGAAAUAUCUCGAGAAAAGUUUUUCAAAGAUUUUGAUGAUAUAAUUAAGAAACCUUCUUUUGGGUGA